AUGCCCCCAGGCUGGGUCAGGGCCUUCCCAGGCCACAGUGAGCUGGUAAGUGAAGCUCCUGCCUGCUGCCAGCCACCAGCCAAGCCUGGCCUUGUGGACAACAAGGAGAACCCCAGGCAAGUUGCCUGCUCCCAGGAUGAGGAAGGGGAUGCAGGAGCCAGAUCUGCAAAGGCUGCUGGGCAGGCCUCCAGAGCCCUGGGACGGCGAUGGCGCCGAGGACAAGGACCAGAGGACGACCGUCUCUGCGCGUCCCGCGGCAGCAUUUGUGUCCCAGACUCCGGAGGCAACUUCUUCCGCGACUGGAAAACCGAAAUCGACUUCCUGCUCGUGAGGGAGGAGAAGCUGCGACCCCCGCGGCGGGCGUGGUGGCAGCGACUCCUGCAGCGGAGCUGGCGCGAUAAGUUCCAGAGGAACCUGCGCGCGGCCGGGGUGCUCCUGGAGGAGGCCCGACGUAACCCGGACUCGGACGGAGGGGGGAGCUACUGCGGCGCCUUCGCCUGCUGCAAUCUCUGCAGCAACACGUGCCCAAUAAGCAGCUGGACUUUCCGCCGCUACAAGCUGGACUUAUUCCUGGGCAGGGCUUCCCAUGACUCCUACUUCUCCAGCACCCAGAGGCACCAAGUGGCAGAGAUCCUGGCCCGAACAAUCUAUGGGAAACAGAAACGUGCAGAGAUGGGCAUGGCCCGUCUGCUGACCGAGCGAGUCUACACUGCAGCCUUCCCACUGCGUGAGCUGGGCUAUCUCUUUGACCAUCUGGGAACUGUGUUCUUUAGCAUCUUCUUGUCCUUCUGGGCCAUGGCCUUCCUGGAGCACUGGGAGCACAAGAGUACCACCUUGGCCCACCACUGGGACUACAGUGACUUCCAGGAAGAGGAGUUGACACCCAGCUCAGCCCUCCAGGAGUGCCCACAUCCAGAGUUUGCUGCCCUGGCCCCACAGAUGGCCCAGAACCCAGUGACAGGCCUGAAGGAGCCCUACUUCCCACCCCACACCCUUCUUCCCUGCCUACUCACCAGCUCUGCAGCCAUCCUCAUCAUGCUCUGUGUGGCGAUGAUUUUCCUGGUGUCUGUCAUCAUUUACUGCGGCAUCAUCAGCAUUGCAAUGUUCCACACGGCCAACUCUGUGCUCAUGACCCAAGCUGGUAACAUUGCCAACAUCAGCAGCACUGUGCUCUACCUGGUACUGAUCCUCCUCCUGGGCCAGGUCUAUACCUCACUGGUUGAGCAGCUCACCAGCCUGCUCAGCCAUCCUCAGACGAAGGUGGCCAGGGGGGCAUGGUCGGCCUUAGGGGAAGUAACCACUGGACCGCCAGGGAAGUCCAUCUACUCCUCUCCCUUCUUUGUGGCAUUCUUCAAAGGCAGGAAGCUGAAGACCUGGCGGCAGAAGAGACACCUGGCCGGGCUGCAGGACACCCAGAUCAGGCAGGAGCAGCGGCGCUGGGAGCAGGACUAUGAGCUCAUUGAGUUCAAGGGCCAGUUUGAUGAAUUCCUGGAGAUGGUGCUGCGGUCUAGGUUCAUCACCAUCUUCGUGGCAGCCUUCCCACCGGCACCCCUGUUUGCUCUGCUCAGCAACUGGGUGGAGAUCCGACCGGACACCCAGAAGUUCUGUGAGAGUACUCGGCUGGUGGCUGAGCGGACCCAGGGCAUUGGGAUCUGGCUGGUCCUGCUUGAAGCCAUUGCCUACCUUUCUGUCAUCGUGAAUGCUUUCCUCAUCGCCUUCACCUCGGACUUCCUGCCACGUCUCCUGUACCAGUAAGAACACCACAGCCAGCUGCGUGGCUACGUCAACUUCAUGCUGGCGCCCGGACAGGGCUUUCGCGACGCUCAGAGGAAUCUCACCCUCUUCUACUGGAAGCUGCUGGCUGUGCGUCUGGGCUUCAUCAUCGCCUUCGAGCACGUGGUGUUCUUCCUGGGCCUCAUCGCCUGGCUCGUGCCCGACGUGCCAGCCGCCCUGGCUACCAAGAUAAAGCGCGAGCGCUACCUGGCCAACCAGGCGCUGGAGGACAACAGGGAGGCGCUACUUUCGAGCUCCCAGGGUGUCCUGGAGCCCUGGACCGUGCUGGAGGCUGGACGGAGCUCCCUGGCUGAGGUAGGGCCCCACCUGGCUGCCAGCAACCCCAUCCUCCUCCCGCCAGUCUUCCCAAGGACCUGCCUCCAGGCUUGUGUCCCCUGA